GGAGUGAAUCAUUCUUUGAAGUAUAUGUGCAUCAUAAUGUGGUUUACACUACAUUCAUCUCAUAAGAAAAGUUGAUUGACAACAUACCCAUGUACAUACAUGUACCUGGCACUUCUGUUAAAAUUUACAUUGUAAACAUGUGAACAGAAAUUGCAAAUAACUAUGAAAACCAUUGUUUGUGAAGGCAGGAGAUCAAGGCAGAUUUGUAUUGAUACUGAAGAGACCGUUGUCACUGAACUGUGUGUGAAUGAAUAUUGUAUUUCAUAACUGUGUUAGGCCAAGUCAGAGAAACAUGGGAUUUAAUUUUGUUAAGAGAUUGGAUGUCUAUAGAAAGAUCCCUAAGGAUCUCACACAACCAACCUAUGCAGGAGCAUGUGUGUCUCUAUUAAGUAUGUUGUUCAUCACAUUCUUACUACUGUCAGAGUUUAUGUCAUUCAUGAGACCGGAUGUAGUAAGUGAGCUGUAUGUUGAUAACCCUGGUGAGGUAGAAAGACUGUCAGUACGAGUUAAUCUUUCAUUACCAAAACUCAGCUGUGGAGUUGUUGGGAUAGAUAUACAAGAUGAUAUGGGACGACAUGAAGUAGGAUACGUAGACAACACAAAGAAAAUUCCUAUCAACAAUGGUCUAGGAUGUCUUUUCUAUAGUGAUUUUACAAUUAACAAAGUGCCUGGUAAUUUCCAUGUUUCUACUCAUGCUGUAGGAAUGAAUCAACCUCAAUCACCUGAUUUUACACAUAUCAUCCAUGAAGUGUCUUUUGGUGAUGAUCUCCAAAAUAAGAGUUUGGGUGCAUCAUUCAAUCCCUUGGCAGGAAAAGAUAGAGCAGAUAGUAAAAGUGACUUGUCCCAUGAUUACUAUAUGAAGAUUGUACCUACUGUCUAUGAGGAUCUUUGGGGAAACAAGAAUAUUUCUUACCAGUAUACAUAUGCUUAUAAGAAUUAUGCAUCCCACGGCCAUGGUAGAAGGGUUUUACCAGCGAUAUGGUUCAGAUAUGAUAUUAGUCCUAUUACAGUCAAAUAUCAUGAAAAGAGAGCUCCAUUCUAUACUUUCAUCACAACAGUUUGUGCUAUAGUUGGAGGAACCUUCACCGUAGCGGGAAUCUUUGAUUCGAUAAUCUUCACCGCAGCUGAAGUCUUUCGGAAAGCAGAAUUGGGAAAAUUAAGUUAACCAUUCACCAUCAUUACAUCUCAAGAUGUAUAUACUUUCUUUUCCUCUUUCAUGUUUUUAGUUAGACUCCUUUAAUAUUGACAAUGGCCCGUAUUCUGAAGCCGGGUUUCAUUUAUACUCUGGUCCAAAGAUGUGGUUUAAUUAUGGAAAGCCUAUUGUGACAUAAAUUGUACAUGUAAUUCCCUAACAGAAGAGGUUCAAUGUAUCAGUUCAUUUGACACUCUAAGCAUUCCUGUCUAGGAAGGAUAAAUAAAGUAGAGGUCUUCACCAUGAAUUAAUUAGGAAAGAAUGUACAAAAUAAUGUAAAUAAAACCUUUUUGACAUUUUUUGGCUUUCCAUAAUUUUAGUACAGAGUUGAUCCAUUGUGUGUUAAACUGGACUUCUGAAUAGAGGCCUUAGAGUUUAUCAAUGGUAGGGUGGCAAUAUCAGCUUUAGAUGAAUUUAAAAACUUGCAGUCAUUCUUGAGAGUAAAAUGAUUUGUGGAAGCAGGAAGAAAAUUACAGGGGGAAAAAGAGGAAGUGACAGAUCAAAAGAAAUAAGACAAGGAAAAAACAAAGUUAUUGAUGUUUGAAAACUGUGAUCACUUGAUCUAUGCAAAUCUUAUAUUGGCUAUUUGGUGGGUCGUUGAUGAGAAAUGGUUUAGAAAACUCUCCCAUCUGGUGUGUUAUCGACCUUGUAAGAAUAUGGAGCUGUAAUGGCCCCGCUCUGACCUUUUGCAUCAUUACUAUGAAAUGUACAUUUUUUUAUUAUUUAUUUAUUCAUUUCAUGUAUUGAAACAAACUGGGAGUUGUUUCCAACCUACAGUACAUUGACACUCCUAUUUGGCCAAUUUAACAAUUAGCAUAUGUUUAGUGAUUGCAAUUUCUAAAAAUUGAUGAAUAUAAUGUUUAUAUUGUGUAGCUGAUAUUUAAAAAACUUUCGUUGAACUUUUUCUUGCUAGCCAAGCUAGACAAUUAUAAACUGUAAACAGAUCUAUGUGCAAAUACUAUGCAUCUGCAUUUUGUCUAAUAAAUCAGCCAGUUGUCCGUAAUCUAAAUGCCCCCCCAAAAACAAAAAAACAAAAAAAAAAGAUUGGGUUUAAUUUUCUUCCAAUCUCCAGACAUCAAGUAUUAUCCUGCCAACAGCUCUACAUCCAAAAUAGAAACCAAGUCACUAUGAAAUGUCAAAGAUGAAAAUAAUCUCAUUUCUUGCAAUAUAAAACAAACCACAUUUUAUUUCUCUCCUAAUGAUUCAUCAGCAAAGAGAUACAUGGUAUCUUCAUCCCACAAUCGAUAUUCUCGGCUGAAACGAUUUUAUCUUCUCCUUUGCUGCAUCUUUUUUACUUAUUUCUCAACUGUGUUCUUUACUGCUCUUUUAUUUCACUAAUUUGACAUGAAAUGAAUAAUAGACAUUCAUUAUGAAAGCUUUUGAUAACAAAAUGAUGUUGCACACAAGAUGUAGAGUAUAGUUGAUAAAGAAUAUUUAUUUGUAGAAAAUUAUCUUGGAGCCCCUGAUUCUUAUGUUAAACAUGUAACAAACAGAUCAAAAUGUUUUGUUUAUCCUUGGCCUAAUUUUUAUAAGAAUAAGUAUUUUAGCAUGUUCUCUUUGCUCUUAAAAGGUUAUUAUUUUCUUUGCUUUUAUCUAUGUACACUGUAUUUCUCUUUGAUUUUGAAUAUAAGUACCAAAUUCUGUGUGUAAACUUUAGUGUAAUAUUCUUAUGGCUUCCAGCAAAUUUACUUAAUUUUCUGUAUCUAUUUUCAGGUUAUUUAUGUGUUAUAUUACGUGUAAUAUGUACCUACAUGCUUGACUGACACCAUUGCUAGUAAUUCAAUUUUAUCUCUAUUUAGGGUCCCGUAGCAUAAAGCUUAGGGACUGAAUUUUAUAAUUGAUCAUACACAACAAUUAAUGCAAUCAAUCGUAAAAAUCAGUCCCAUGAUCAAUCACUAAGCUUUAUGUAAUUGCUUUUACACUGCUUAUAUUAUUGUGCAGCAAAUAGGUUGCAUAAAUUGUAAGAGAUAUUCCUGCUACAUUAGCACAGAAAUUUAUAUAGACUUUUCACUCUGAUUUUGAUGCACAUAAGCAGAUGAUGAUCUAUCUUGUAUAAGAUGAUAAGACAAACUGUACAUUGGUAUUGAUAUAGGCCUUGUCUUACAAAGGAGUGUGAUCAAAUCAAUUGAUCUCAACUGUAGAAAGUCAAAAAGCAGUGGCACCAUAAUUCAUUAUCCAUAAUUAUGCUCUUAUCCCUUUGUAAACUAGGACUACAGUGAUGGACCAAUAUAAUGUUAAUUAUGAGUAUAUAUCAUAUUUAGAGGCCAUGAUUUAAAAAGACACACAUUGUAAAUGCUGGUGUGACAGGCUUUCCAUAGAUGAGAUUGAUUGGAUCAAUCACAACUCAUUGUCAAAUGAUAAGUUGGUCAAGCUUCUGUCAACUUCUACCAAUUUCUUCAGGAGGGAAGCUUUUAUUCAACCAGUGAAAGCUGACAGCAUGCACCACAGGAGUUGACAUUUAAAAGCUCGCAUUGAAUUUCUAAAUAGUGAGCCUGGUGGAAGCAUGAUCAUUAUAUCAUUUGGUUUUAGGAGUGUUUGAAAUCUUGAAAAUACUUUUGUUUUUAAACAGAAGGUUAUUCAACAUAUUUUUCCUUUUAAUUUUUCAACAUUGGUAUAAUUUCAUUAUUUCAAAUUGACAAUUUUCUAUAGAUUUGUGAAUAUACACAUAGUAUAUAUUAGAGUUCAUGAAUUGCCAUUAGAUUACAGUGCUUUUUGUGCAUUAAUUUUGCAGCAAAGUGAUAUUUUAUGGAUGAGUCAUACAUAUAAGCGUUUCUAUUGAUUCUUCUGUGUCUUUUUAAGAAAAAUAUUUUUAGAUCAUUGUUUAUGAUGAAAUUGAUUAUUUGGUCUCUUCCUCCCCACUAAAUAAGAAUAAAAUAGGACAAAUUAUAAUCAUUUUUUACAACAUGAAUUUAUUCCAUCAGAAAUCUAUUCAUCACAUAGUUAGAAUAAAAGAAUAUUGGAGACUCCUUUUUUUUUUCUUUCUUUUUAAACAUGUGUUUGUUUUUAAUUUGAUUUCUUUACAUUAUUUUGUAGUGCUUUGCAAAUAAUACUCGACAUUUUUGUCAUAUUUAUAUAUGCAAUUUACAUUGUCAAUUUAGAUUGUAAAAUUAAGCAUUUUGGAUCCAUUGAAGUUAUGCAUAAAUGGGAUAAUAUUGUUCCUGAUGAAUUAAGAGACAUGUAAAAUGAAAUACUAAGUGACAUUGGUCAUUGUACUAAAUAUACAGUUGAGGCCAGAAGUUUACAUACAACCAGGAAAUUCAAACAAAAGUUGCCAUUUGCCAAACCUCAUAAAAUUGACUGUAUCCUCUGAAAUAUUUGUGCUAUCAUGACGAAUUUGAUAUUAAACAAAUGCCCCUUCAUCACAUUGCUUUGUCAUCGGGAGCUGAAAAAUAUUCAGGUGUCAUUUUUUCCCCCAAAGAAUCUUCAUAUUUAGACAAAUUAAAAAUAAAAACUUGACAAAAACUUUUCAUAUUUGUGCUAGUUACUUCUCAACACAAACAUUUCAGAUUACAAUUUUUUGUUCAGUGGUGACAUCAUGAUAAAAAAGUAAUAUAAAUCAUAGAUUUAAAUAUACAUAUUUCUAUGAAACGAUAUUUGAAAAUAUAAUAACAACAAUAGAAUACAUUUGGCAUGAAUAUUAAUUUUUUCCUUCAAAGAAAAUUUCUCCUCAAAUAUACUUUAAUCCGAACGGCAUCCCAAUCAUGUGAAAGAGCUUAAUAUGCUCUUUCAUUUGAUACCGAAUUCGUCAUGGUAGUAUUUAUAUUUCUGAAGACAUAGUAAAUUUUUACGAUGUUUGGCAAGGGAAGAAAUUUCACUGAAUUCCAUUGGUGUAUGUAAAUUUUUUGGAAUCAACUGUAUGUUUCAAGGUUCACUACUGAAGCACAUAUCACCAGUAUUAUUUUUAAAGGGGAUUUUAAAGUCCUGAUAUUCUGCCAUUUGGAUGAAAAAUACCAAAAACUACCUCCCCUCCAACAAGGAAAGACACUAAU